GUGUACGAGAGUAAAGUAUGGCUUAACUGAGGUUGCGCUUGAUCAACUUGAUCCACUCCAGUGACAGCAGUAAACGCGAAAAGUUAAAACAAAAACUGCUCAUCAUUUCGUGCGGUUUACACUAGUUCUAAGUUCGAUACAACCAAACACACACACUCAUACGCAAAAAAAAACUGAUAUCGGUUAUAUUUUGGUUUUUAACUUUUUUAAAAUUCAAAAUAAAAAAAAUAAAUAAAUUUAAUUAUAGAAAAAAAGAAGAAAUACGUAAAAAACAAAAAAAUAUAUAUUAAAAUUUAAAAAAAAAAUACCAAGAAAAUAAAAUAAAAAACCAAACAAAACUUGUUAUUUUUUAUAAUUUUGCAAAAAUCUCUAUGCACACUUACACACUGAAAAGUGAACAGGCAUUUUUAACAAAUACACUCACGCUCAUAGAUCAGUGGGGUUUGGUGGAGCUGCCUGGUAUCGUUCGUUCAUUCGCAUGUUUAAAACAAAAACAACAACAACAACUAAUAAUAUAUUGAUACGAGAUGAUUGAACAAAUAUUUUAAAACACAAAAAAAUGCUGUAAAUUAAAAAUUUUAUUUAAAAGAAUAUCAGUGAAGCAGAAGUUUUGAAGGAGCGGAAAAGAUAAUAUAAUCUUAGUUUUUAGACAAAUUUUUUACUAAACAAAUAUUAGAAGGAUGCUCGAAAUAACAAAAAGUUUUUAUAAAUUUAGCACAGAUGGACAUGGACUUUUACAAUGAACAUAUACUAACAGAUUUGGACCGGGCAGACUAUGUGGGUGGAAUUGACAAUGAAGCAAUCUUUUUUGAAGAUCUACAAGUAACAGCGGGUCUCGGUCGCUUGGGUCCAGAUGGAAGCAACAAUAACAAUACUACAAAUAAUGGUGGUGAAAAUCCAACACUGCCAUGUACAGCUAAAACAGAAACACCCGUAACUUCGCCCUCGCCCAUGACAACAAUAGGACCACCCGACAUAAUCCUACCCUCAAUACCAACAGUCUCAGCACGUGUUAGCUUAACAUCAGCGCCAACAACACCACAUAUUGGUAUACAUCACUCCAAUAACAAUAAUAAUCCUACAUUAUCACACCUGCCCGAAAGUCCACCGGAUUCUGGAUCUGAACCACCCUACAGUCCGUUGCAAGAUGUACAGGGUUUAACCUUAAACACACGUGAUAUUUACAAUCACGGAGCGGGAGGUGGUAACUCAACUCCUGCUAUUAAUGAUUUACACAACAUGCAGGUGCAUCAUCCGCCACAACCACCACCAAUACCACAACAACAUCACUAUACACAUUUACUAAACAGUCCCAUGAAUGUUAAUCCUUUAGCAAGUCCCCCCAACCAGGAGGCCUUGAAUGCUGGAGUACGUGUGAAGCAUGAAACCGGUCUUAUUAUCAAUCCGAAUAACUUAACGCAAACACUUAAUAGUCAAACGUUACAUUCGAAUGUCUCACACUCCUUAGAUACUCAUAUUGAGAUGCCCAGCCAGCAGCAGCAGCAGCAACAGACUCAGCUUAUGUAUGCCGCCACCAACAACAAUCAUAAUCAUCAUAAUAGCAGUCCUAAUAAUCAAAUAAACUAUGAAAGUCUAACGAACAAAUUGUAUGCAAAUCCCGGACAACCAGCACCUCCUCCACCGUAUCAGAUUAAUUUGAACCACCUUGAACACCCCUCAGUAGUGGAAACAUCCACCUGUAUGCUAAGCAGCAUAGGUGAUCUGCCACAUGUACAGGUAGUUGGUACCAGCAUACCCUCUACGCCCACACUAAGUAGAACUUCGGCUCCCUCUACUCCCAAUCAUCAGUCAUCGUCGCGUAAACGUAAAAUGACCACACAAAUUGAUGAUCCCGAUUUUCGGUGUGUUAAGCCAGAUCCUGGUUUGAUAUUAAGUCCCUCACGUAGUUCAGUUUGUUCUACACCCUUGCCGGGUGACAGCUCUAAGAGAUCAUCUAUAUCACCACUUAACAUACAAAUGAGUAAUCAUGAUAUGAUCGAUACUCCAGCACCCUCAAAUGCCUCCCUUUCGCCUGCUCUCUCUUCGGUGCAUAUGGAUGGUAGCGUCAAGAAUUGCGAUACUUCUUCACAAAGUGGUGAUGCUUUAAGUCCUUGCAUACGUUUUUCACCAUUUCAACAACAAAAUUGGCACAAAUUAUGCGAUCAGCAUUUGCAAGAAAUAUCGGUGGUUUAUUAUCGGGUCGAUGCCGAUAAAGGUUUCAACUUUUCCGUAUCAGAUGAUGCGUUUGUGUGUCAGAAAAAAAAUCAUUUUCAAAUAACUUGCCAUGCUCGCUUGCAAAGUGAAGCUAAAUUUGUGAGAACACCGUCCGGUUUAGAGAAGAUCAAAUCCUUUCAUUUGCAUUUCUAUGGGGUGAAAUUGGAAGCGCCUAAUCAAACUAUACGCAUUGAACAAAGUCAAUCGGAUCGUUCGAAGAAACCUUUCUUUCCUGUACCUAUCGAUCUCCAAAGUCACAUUGUUAGUAAGGUAACUGUGGGACGUUUACACUUCUCCGAAACUACCAACAAUAAUAUGCGCAAAAAGGGACGUCCUAAUCCCGAACAACGUUACUUCCAACUUAUUGUUGCGUUGCAUGUCCAUACCGCUUCCGGUGACUUUCCCAUUAUCAGCCAAGGUAGUGAUAAAAUCAUAGUACGUGCCUCUAAUCCUGGACAAUUCGAAUCUGACGUUGAUUUAUGUUGGCAACGUGGUCUUACCCAAGACUCUAUAUACCAUGCCGGUAGGGUGGGUAUAAAUACCGAUCGUCCCGAUGAAAGUCUAGUGGUGCAUGGCAAUCUUAAGAUCUCUGGUCACAUAGUGCAGCCCAGUGAUAGUAGAGCCAAACAAGAAAUCGGUGAAUUAGACACAUCGGUACAGUUGCGCAAUCUCCAAAAGAUACGUAUAGUACGUUAUCGUCUCGAGCCUCAAUUUGCCCUGCACGCAGGUCUCAAAGGUCACAAAGAUACGGGUGAAAUUGUUGAUACUGGGGUAAUAGCGCAAGAGGUACGCGAGGUAAUACCCGAUGCCGUGCAAGAGGCUGGCAGUGUGGUACUGCCGAACGGCAAUGUUAUUGAAAAUUUUCUAUUGGUAAAUAAGGAUCGUAUACUUAUGGAAAAUAUUGGUGCCGUCAAGGAACUGUGCAAAGUAACGGGUACUUUAGAGACGCGCAUAGAAAAUUUGGAGCGUGUCAACACACGUUUGCAGCGUGCUAAAGAGAAUGAACUACAGUUUUUGCAUUGCAAAAGUAUAACCAGCAAUCGGGACGGCUAUGAAAUUUGCUCGAAUAGAACAUUACAAAUUAUUAUCUUUCUAUUAGUUAUUGUUAUGGCAGCCUGGUAA